CUGGACAUAAGCAGUGCCCCCGCUGAGGAGAGCUGUGCCUUGCGGACCCAGCGCGCGCUCGGCGCGGACCCUUCCCUCAGCUCUUCGGCUGAUUUGUGCGCAUUGGCCUGAGCCCUGCCGACGCUUCAGGGUUCCCGCCAGCGCUGUCCCAUGCGGCGGGGCGGAGGGCGGCACAGCCUCAGCCCACGGGGCUGCGCUGUCGCUUCAGCACUCCCCGUUUGGGCGGGCUUGCGGGGGCUGAGCUGAGGAGCGGCCGGGCGGCAGCGCGGGCGAGGAACGCUGUCUCCCGCUCCCUGUCUUUGUUCCCAGGUGCAGCGCGUGCAGCCCCGCCCGGCGGACGGCGCCAGAGGGAAAGGAGGCUUCACAAUCCUCCCUGUCUGGAUCAUCUAGCAUAUAAAAAUGGAUAAUUUUCCUAUUCCCUGUUGAAGACAGAAUGGCCAUUGAUUAGGAAGAGCUUCUGAGUGCAGAUCUGAGUGUGUUCCCAGUUAUUGUAAAGAAAAUGUUCUACUGUUUGCUUUGGAUAUUAACUGUACUUUGCAGAACCUUUAUAGCAGAUAGAAAUUCUGUGAGGAAUGCUUACAUUUCUCCUCAGUUUCCUGAAAUUGAAAGAGGCUCAACCUUAAAUCUUCUUUGCUUUAUGGGAUACUACGACAUGCCUUACAGAAAUGCAAGUCACAUCAUCUGGAAGUUGAAUCAGAAUUUGAUUGCACAAGAAAACUACAACAUUAUCAAUGAAACUGUUUGUGGUGUAACCAUCCAUAAUUUCACUGAUGAAAGUGCACAUGUGAAAUGCUUAAUUAAAUACCCAGAUAAAGAACAACUUCUGGUUCACACAAAAGUUAAAUCUGGCUUUCCACCAAGCACACCAAGGAAUAUUUCCUGCAUUUACCAUUAUGAUGUUAAAUUUACUUGCAGUUGGAUUCCAGGAAAAGAAACAUAUCUUAGCACAAAAUAUACUCUAAUUAGAAAGCGACCUAUUUUUAUGGAUACAGAUUGCGAUGAUAUUUGCCAGACAAAUCAAAGUGUAUGCUAUUUAUUUUAUCCAUUUACUGAUCCAGACUAUGUUAAUGUGACAGAGGAAGAAGAAAAAAUGGAUUUUCACUCUAUACAAGAUAUAAAAUCAGUCUAUACAGACACGAGAAAAAAUAUUACCUGCAUUUAUUAUUACAAUGACUAUUGUGUUCGUAGAUGGACUGCAAGAAAAGUUACCUAUCUUAAAGAAACAAAAUAUGCUCAGGUUAAUAUUCAGGAUCAAAAUUUGAUGGAUGCAUUUCAAGAAGAUACCUGUCAAAGUAGCAAUGGAUCAUGUUCAUUUUUCCCUCCAUAUACUCCAGUAGCUGAAGACUAUUGUUGUCAGGUGAAAGCUGAAAAUGUCUUGGGUGUUGGUAUAUCUGAUUGCAUUCCUAUCAACACAAAUACUAUAGUGAAAACCAAGCCUCCUAAGAUAGUUUCAGUAGAAACAAUUGCUGGUGUGAAGCAGUUGCUUAACAUAACCUGGGACAAACCUGAUCCAACAUCAUUUGAUUUAAAUUGCCGGCUUCGAUACCGAAAAACAAAUUCAAACAAUUCAGUAAUAGCUAUUUUCAAUGUGACUCAAAACAGAAGAACAACAUCAUUUAAUCUUACGGAACUCUCGGAUUUUACAGAGUAUGCUAUUGCUAUUCAGUGUGUUAUCAUUGAAUCAGAAAUCUGGAGUGAAUGGAGUCAAGAGAAAAUAGGAAGAACAGAACAACAAGCUCCUUCAAGAAAAGUCGAUUUGUGGAGAAUAAUCGAAUCUUCACCAUCAGCUGCAGAUAGAUAUGUGCAUCUUAUGUGGAAGGUGUCAAAAGAAUGUCCAUCUUCUGAGUUUCUACUUAGCUACAAAAUACAAUACUGUCCAGAAAACAAUGCUUCUUUUAAAAUGACACACAACACUACUGACAAGAUGGCCACGCUCUUUUUAACAGGGGAAGCCUAUGUGAUAUCUGUUGUUGCAUAUAACUUGGUUGGAGAGUCUCCUGAGGCAACUCUGAGAAUUCCAUCCAUUGGUGAAAAAUCUUCCAAAUUGAUUGAUACAAUGAGGACAUUUACUUUAAAUGAACGAAUGGUUGUGGAAUGGGAAUCAUCAGUUUCAGAAGUAAGCAAAUAUGUCAUUGAAUGGUAUGAGGAGUUGGAGACGAAGCCCUCUGCUAGAUCCUGGCAAUAUAUAUCAAAUAUUACAAGGUGGACAGCUCAGAAAGAUGCCUUUAAACCCUUCAUCUGUUACAAUAUCUCGGUAUACCCACUUUAUGGAAAUAAAAUAGGAACUCCAAAUUCCAUACAAGCUUUUAUUCAAGAAGGACGUCCCUCAGUUGGUCCUGUGGCUAAAACAGACAAUUUGGGAAAAAACGGGGCUACGAUAAGAUGGAAGAAGAUCCCAAAAGAUAAAAGAAAUGGCUUUAUUGUUAACUACACAAUAUUUUAUAAACCUGAAGGUGGAAAAGAAUUAAAUGAAACUGUGAUGUCAGAUGUUAUGCAAUACAAAUUGAAGUCUCUGCAAGCAAACACUCAGUAUACUGCAUAUGUCAUGGCAGCCACCAAAGCUGGUGGAACCUAUGGAAACAGAAUAACUUUCAGCACAUUGAAAUUCAGUGAUGAUGACCUUAUUUUUAUAACGAUACCAUUUGGACUCUGUAUGAUUCUUCUGUUAAUCCUAGGGACAACCUGUACUCUAAAAAAACACAUGGUGAAAAAUGUUUGUUGGCCUGAUAUACCAGAUCCUGCAAAGAGUAUUGCUGGGAAGUGGCCUACUGACGUGCAUAAGAAUAACCCAUCUCUGAAGGAAGUACAGUCUGAGGAUGGGACAGUACAUCCCGAAGACAUCAGUGUUUUGGAAUCAUGCUUUCCUGAUGAAGACCAUUCUGCAUUAUUAGUGAAAGGCCAUGAGAACUAUGAUUCUAAACAUACAAAUGUUUGUAUAAAGGACAUGGAUAAAGAACCUAACAAGAUUUUAUAUGGUAAAGCACAUAAAGUUGUAAAACCACUAUCACUAUCAAGUCCAUACAUAGUUACAGAGCAAACACUGCUUUCAGCUUUGAUGCCUACCAGAAAAAUCCAAAAUCAGCAGCUAGAAAUAUCAAGAGAGGGCUUAUGUGAGUCCCAGCAUUCUUCAAUUGAGAAUUCCAAAGAAAAUGAGAGAGACCAGGUUCUAGAACCCACAGAUUUUAAAGAAGAAACUAAAAUCAAUCCAUAUCUGAAAAAUUCUGUUACUACAAGGGAAUUUUUAAUUUCUGAGAAUUUGCCAGAAUACAAUAUGGAAGCCAAAAAACAAUUGGUUGUCUUAGCCCCUUUGCAGCAAAACACUAUAGGGCAAUCAUACGUGACACUGAAUAUGUUUGGACUGUCCACAGCCGAUCAGUGCAUACCUGCUAAGUCAUGAGGUAUUGUGCUGCUGUUUUCUCUUGGAGAGAGUGUUGCCUUCCCUACAUACAUCUGUUGGCAUCACUUACUUGACUGAAAAUGCCCAAUUCGUUUGAAGUACUUAGAAGGAAUUAAUGCAUUUCAUCAUUGGUUAAUUUUGAAAUAGGGCCAUCCCUACCAAUUCUGGUGCCCUAUGCAGCCUGAGCACCUGCACCCCCUUCCACCUCUGCAAGGCGGAGGUGGCGGCUGUGCUUAAGGACUUCAUAUUAUUGUUUUCUUUAACAGACGUAGAGAAAUACGUGCCAGUGGUAAGGCAAAAGAAUCUCACUUAAUUCUUCUUACCGCUUCCCUUCCAAUUCAUUAAAACAAAUUGAUCUCUACCAUGACAGCAGCCAUCAGAGCAAGCAGGGUGCUGAUUUCAUUCUUAUCAAUCUUUUCCUGAAGUUGGCUUUUGCUAAGGUAGUGUAUAUUUUCUGAAACAUAGUCAGGAUCUUCAAAUCCCUUCUGUUCGUCUUGCUCAAAGUUACAAGAACUAAAACUACUUUCCCUUUCUAGCUUCCCUUCACUUUUGUUGUCAAUUCUAUUUGUAGUGUAUUUCCUAUUUGUCAAUUUGCCACUUCUGCCAUCUGGUUUGGAAGUCAUGCUUGUGGUU